CAUCAUUUUCCCCCACUUUAUUCUCCUAGCCUCCCCAGGAGGCACCUAUGUUCAAAACACUUUGGUAGUGAAAAAAUUGAUAUUACAUUUAAGAAGUUGCAAUAAUGGCCAUUGCAAAGACAGUAACUAUUCUUAUUUUGAGCUUUGCAUUGGCCAAUUUUGCGGCUGCACUUCCAAGAGCAAGGCCAGUUCAAGGUCCUGAUAUCUUCAAGCGCAGACAUGCAAACAAGGAUGUGCUUCUUCCUGGGGAGAAAAUCUAUAACGUCAUGAGUUUUGGAGCCAAACCUGAUGGUGUCUUUGACUCUACUCAGGCUUUCAUGACAGCAUGGCAAACUGUGUGCCAUUCACCUGCGCCAGGCAGAAUAUUGGUUCCUGCUGGGAGAUUCUUGGUUUCUUCAAUGUUUUUUCAAGGGCCAUGCCUUUCUCCACAUCCAGUAACACUGCAAGUUGAAGGCACUGUUUUGGCUAGUGCCGAUCUUUCUGAGUUUGAAAACGGUGACUGGCUCAUGUUCCAGCAUAUCAAUGGCCUCAAAAUCUUUGGUGGGGGUACUUUUGAUGGACAGGGUCAGAGCUCAUGGCAAAUCACUGAGAAUUGUGAAGCAAACAAUGAUGACUCAUGCAUCAGAAACCCCAGCAGUCUUUUCUUCAUGGAUUGCAGCAAUGUCAUGGUACAGAACAUUAAAUCACUGAAUCCCAAAGGGUUUCACAUGUUCGUUACUAAAUGUACAAAUGUCAGAUUACGCAAACUUAAGCUUAUUGCACCUGAGACCAGCCCCAACACUGAUGGCAUUCAUAUCAGCAGCUCCAUCAAUGUGAUUAUAGCCAGAAACACCAUUCAAACUGGAGAUGAUUGUAUCUCUAUGAUUCAGGGAUCUGAAAAUGUUUUCAUCAACAGGCUUAAGUGUGGCCCUGGGCAUGGUAUCAGUAUUGGUAGCCUUGGAAAGUAUGCGGAGGAGCGAGAGGUGAAAGGCAUUCGUAUCAAGAACAGCGCGUUGAUUGGCACAACAAAUGGGCUCAGAAUCAAAUCAUGGCCAGACAAAUAUGGAGGUGCAGCAUCAGAGAUCAGCUUCAGUAACAUUACCAUGGAAAAUGUUAAAAAUCCCAUCAUCAUUGACCAGGAGUACCAAUGCUCUCCAAACUGCCAGAAGAAGCCAUCAUUGGUGAGGAUUAGGGAUAUUCACUUUGCAAAUGUUAAGGGAACUACAACUUCACCAAUUGCAGUGGACUUCAGAUGCAGUAAGCUGUACCCAUGCAUGGGAAUUACACUCAGAGACAUUGACCUGAAGCUUGGAACUGCUCCUACAACCGCUAGAUGUUCCAAUAUUAAGCCUGUCUAUGGCUUAGGGGUGGUGAAUCCACCACCUUGCAUAUAAGUGCUUGUGCUUAUGCUAGGAGCGUCACAACAGAUUAUACAUGUUAUAAGAUGUGUGACUUUUAUAAUGGAAAGGGGGAAAAUACUUAUUUUUUGAAGAGUGGUUUUGAAUCCCUUAUUGACAAAUUGAACUAAAAUCGGCUAAAAUGCUUAAGUUCCCUCUACCUAUUUGGGAUUGGCACUGUGAUAGAUGAAAUUUCUUCUCUUUCCAGGCUGGUUUCCAAACUCCAAAUGCUUCCAAUUUGAAUAAAGUGUGCUUAAUUUGUUUCA